AUGGAGAGGUCUCUUACGCUUUUGUUGAUGUUCAUAACUUUGGCCACCAUUCAUAUUGUUCAAGCUCAAGACCAACAAGGUUUCAUCAGUUUGGAUUGUGGGCUACCCGCAACUGAACGGUCUCCUUAUGAUGAGCCUAAGACUGGUUUACGGUUCUAUUCUGACGAAAAGUUCAUCCAGAGCGGAAAAACUGGUCGAGUCCGAGUAAAUCCGGACGAAUACCUGAAGCCAUACCAGACGCUUAGAUAUUUUCCAGAUGGAAUUCGGAACUGCUACAAUCUAAACAUAGAGAAGGGAAGAAAACAUCUGAUUAGGGCUUUCUUUUCCUAUCGAAAUUAUGAUGGUCUUGACAUUAACCCGACGUUUGAUCUGUAUCUUGGACCUAAUAUGUGGACCACGAUAGAUUUGCAAAUACAAGUGAACGGUACACGGGCCGAGAUCUUGCACAUUCCAACAUCAAACUCGUUGCAGAUUUGUCUUGUUAAGACUGGGACAACUACUCCACUAAUAUCCACCUUGGAAAUACGGCCGAUGGGAAAUGACACUUAUAUCACUAAGUCUGGCUCCCUGAAUCUUUUUGGUCGGAUAUAUCUCAGAGAUUCAGAUAAAUAUAUAAGGUACCCGAGCGACAUCUAUGAUCGCGUAUGGACUUCGUACUUCAUGAAGGAAUGGACACAGAUUUCCACCACUCUGGAAGUGAGCAAUUCUAACAAAUAUGUUCCACCAAAAGACGUGCUCGCAACUGCUGCAACACCUACUAAUUCCAGUGCGCCAUUGACGAUCCAAUGGAGGUCAAGUAAUGUUAAUGACCAAUAUUACUUGUAUGUACACUUUGCUGAGAUUCAAGAGUUGCAGACAAACAGUACCAGGGAAUUCAACGUGGUUUGGGAUGGAGAAACCUCCGACCCUAUAAUUCCUACUAAAUUUAAUAUAGAUACUAUCUACCGCCGGUUUCCAAGUACUUGCAAAGGAGGGGAAUGCAAUUUUCAGCUGAGAAGAACCAACAGAUCAAUUCUUCCACCUCUGCUUAACGCUCUUGAGGUCUACACAGUUACCGAGUUUCCGCAGUCUGAAACAAAUGAAAAGGAUGUGAUUGCUGUCCAAAACAUCAAAGCCACCUAUGAAAUUAGUAAAAUCAGCUGGCAAGGAGAUCCAUGCGUGCCUCAGCAGUUUAUGUGGGAUGGAUUAAACUGCAGCAACACGGAUAUGGCUACACCACCAAGAAUCACUUAUUUGAACUUGUCUUCAAGUGGUAUAACUGGAACCAUAGCAGCUGGCAUUAAGAAUCUUACGCAACUAAAAAUUUUGGACUUGUCAAAUAAUAAUUUGACUGGAGAGGUGCCGGAAUUUCUAGGCGACAUGACAUCUUUGGUGUUCAUAAACAUAAGCUGGAAUGAUCUUAACGGUUCAAUUCCUGAGGCUCUUCGGAGAAAAGGACUGAAUUUAUUUCAUCAAGGGAACCCGAGACUUUGUCUCUCUGGUUCAUGCCUACAACCCAAACCCAAGCCAUUUCCAGUGGCAAUUGUCGCAUCAGUUGCCUCUGUAGCCAUUAUCAUUGUUGUUUUGGUUCUUCUUUUUGUUUUCAGAAAGAAAAGGCCGGCGACUGUGGGAGCUCUAAAAGGGCCACCACCUAGUAUAUCGCCAGCUGUGAAUGUUACAUAUGCUAACUCAUCUGUUUCAUUAAUCCAAACGAAUAAGAGAAGGUUUACUUAUUCAGAGGUCACCAAUAUGACAAACAACUUCCAAAGAGUUGUUGGGGAAGGAGGAUUCAGUAUUGUCUAUCACGGUACUCUAAAUGGAUAUGAACAAGUAGCUGUUAAAGUGCUUUCUCAAUCAUCAACUCAAGGCUAUAAGCAAUUCAAGGCAGAAGUUGAUCUUCUAAUGAGAGUUCACCAUGCAAAUUUGGUAAGCUUGGUUGGAUACUGUGGUGAAGGAGAUCACUUGGCUCUCAUCUACGAGUUUGUGCCGAAUGGAGACUUACGACAACAUCUGUCUGGAAAAGGAGGUAUAUCCGUAUUUAGCUGGGGUUUUCGGCUACAAAUAGCUGUGGAGGCUGCCUUAGGAUUGGAAUAUUUACAUUCUGGAUGCAUACCGCCAAUCAUUCAUAGAGAUGUAAAAACUACAAACAUAUUGUUGGGCGAGCAGUUCAAGGCUAAGCUUGCUGAUUUUGGGCUGUCGAGAUCUUUCCCAGUUGGAGGUGAAUCUCAUGUUUCGACGGUGAUUGCCGGUACUCCUGGAUACCUUGAUCCCGAAUAUUAUCGUACAAGUCGGUUGACUGAGAAGAGCGAUGUGUACAGCUUUGGGAUUGUUCUAUUGGAGAUGAUCACAAACGAACCCGUGAUUGGCCAAGGUCGUGCAAAGAUUCACAUAACACAUUGGGUUGGGUUUGAGCUGAAUAGCGGAGAUAUCAGUAGUAUCAUGGAUCCAAACCUUCAAGGGGAUUACGACUCUCAUUCUGCCUGGAGAGCUCUUGAACUCGCAAUGUCAUGUGCAAAUCCUUCUUCUGCAAGACGACCAAGCAUGUCCCGGGUUGUUGUCAAACUAAAAGAGUGUCUUGUGUCUGAAAACUCAAGGAUGAGUAGAGGCAUGGAUUCUCAUAGUUCCGCCGAAGUGAGCAUGAUCAUUGACACUGAAAUGUUUCCUAUGGCGAGAUAG